AUGCUGUUCCUCUCUAUAACAACCUUUAUAUAUUGUCAAUUGCUGGAUGUUUUAGCGUGUCCUCCUCAGGGUCCCGGAAAUUGUUAUGCAGGACAGUAUGCCGGUGGACCUCCUAACUUUUACAAUCAGAAAUGUGCACAAGACGGUUUAAGCGAUUGGUGUGCUGUCACAUACCAGCCCGCCGCUAACUUGGCAAAUUUUGGUUGUGCUUCAUCAUUCCGUCAACAAGUCGGAAUGCCAACCUGUGGUGACAGCGCCCUCUCCAUUAAUCAACAGGGAUGUAAUAUGGUAAACACUGCGAGCGGGCCAUGCUAUUUGUGCUGUUGUAAAGGAGGGAGUUGCAACCAUCCCCAGGUGUUUGCCCAGCAAGCUCAGUACGCUUUCAAUGACGCAUUUCCUAAUCAGCAUAUGUUCGGCUUGACAGGCGCAACGUCGAGCAGCAUGACUUUAGUCACCUCCAUACUUAUUCUAUUAGCCUAUGCAGCCUGA